AAAGCCUCAUCAACUCAUCUGCGAUCGAAACCCAUCUCGACGCGAGCGCUUCCCCAAGUCGAUUGAAACCAUAGAGUAGGGACAGAGCGGCGGCCAUGGCGAUCAUCUCCGAGGACAUCAUGCAGGAGGACGAGGCGUCGACGCAGCCGGAGCAGGUGGCGGCGGCCGUGACCGUGAAGGACAACAGCACGGAGGUGGAGAAGGAGAAGGAGGAGGAGGAGAGCAAGGGGAGACAGCCAAACUCCGGCAAUGGUCUCGACCUGGACAACUACUCGUGGACGCAGCAGCUACCAGAGGUCAACAUCUCCGUCCCCGUUCCCGAAGGAACGAAGGGAAGGUCCGUGGUUUGCGAGAUCAAGAAGGACCACCUCCAGGUCGGGCUCAAGGGCCAGCCUCCCAUCAUCGACGGUAAGCUGCACAAACCAGUUAAGGUCGAGGACUGCUUCUGGAGCAUCGAGGACGGGAGGUCGCUGUCCAUACUGCUUACCAAGCGUAAUCAGAGCGAGUGGUGGAAGUGCGUGAUCAAGGGCGAUCCGGAUAUCGACACCCAGCGCGCCGAACCGGAGAGCAGCAAGCUCUCAGAUCUGGACCCCGAGACGAGGCAGACGGUGGAGAAGAUGAUGUUCGACCAGCGGCAGAAGCAGAUGGGCCUGCCCACCAGCGAGGAGAUGCAGAACCAGGACAUGCUCAAGAAACUCAAGUCCCAGUACCCGGACAUGGACUUCUCAGGGAUGAAGAUGCCUUCUUAAGAUUGUCUCCAAGCUUCUAAGGCGAUAAUGCGGGAAGAUUUUAGAUGGAGAAAUCGCUUCUACCUGAAUUAGU